AUGCUCAAAAACGGAUUCGUCGCGAGAUAUUUGACGUCAAGGAUAGGAAUAAAGAGAUUGGGAAUGUCAAGUUCGAGGUGGGAUAACUUUGGAAUUCGUGGUCGGAUUUUGCUAAUUUUUGGAUCAAACGAAAGCCACGAAACGUCUCUAUAA